GUGCGCAAGUUUCGAAGCAUUCGUAAAGAGAAAUAAGUAAAUACACAUACAUACGCCUCAUUGUUGAAUGUUGUGUUUACAAUGAAAUUGGAAAAUGAGAAUUUUCCACAAAUAUUACUAAACGGGAAUCGUAGGAAUAUAGAGAGAAAACUGCAAUUUCGUUCAACAAUAUGCGGUCCCGGCAAAUUCAGUUCGUUUUAUGAGCUUCGUGUGGAAACGUCGCAGUUUCACGGUCGCAAUGCAGAACGGCGAUUUUUCAGUGCAAUAGUUGUGGCUCGCGAAGAGCGGAAGAGCAAAUGCGGAGUAAGAGAGGGGCGUGGAUUGUAGUGAAAAUAGCAAAUCGAAUAUUAUAUAUGAAAAAAUCGCAAAAAUAAGAAAAAACAUAUACAAAUAAUCAACUCGUUAAUUGCCUUUUACGAGUGGCUAAAAUUAUGAAAGAGAAAAUUUAUAUAAAUUAGCCAAGUUAGCGCAGCUGAUUGCUUAUACUCAGCAUUUUCGGAAGGGUGAAGUGAAUAGUGAAUUUAUUAAAGCACAUUGUGUUAAAUAUUUAAUUGUGUGAAUUUUAUACAAAAUUAAUUAAACAAAUUUAUGAAUAUACAAAUAAUAUUAAUAUAACGAAUAAAAACAUACUACAAGAUUGUUGGCAUUGAAAACGCGUGAAAAUAUUGAAGGGAAUAUAUUUAAUUUUGAAUGUGCGCAUAAUCACGGCAAUUUCUAAUAUUUGGCCGCGUGCCAUUAAAAGCCAAAGCGGGCAUCAGGAGCUUUUCUACUGAAAAAAACGACAGCAUAGAGGCCGCAACAAAAAGCAAAUAAUUUAUCUUACAACAACAUACAUACACACGCAUUUGCAAAAACAUGGGUGACACCAAACUUUUUGACGGCAGUUCCGGCCGUUUGGCUCUUGGUUCAACAGUCGUUGUGUAUUUGCUGUUCUACAAUGAGGCUUGUGGACCGGCUGUACUGUUUGCCAAUUUCCUCGCCUUCACCUAUAGCGCAAUGGCAGCUUACUGCAAGUCCCAUUUGAAAUCCCUCCAAAUGCCGUACAUUCGGGCCAGCAACAAAAUCGACUACACCUGCCUGUUUCUAGCCACGUGGUUGGAUGUGCUGGCGGUGCUGUGUGCCUGUGUCGCUCUGGCGCGUACCAUGAGCACCUGCUUGGAUGCCAUGACGGGCGGUAUGGCGCACAUUCUGAUUUUAGGCCGCAAUUCUUCUCCGAACGAGCCGUGGCCGGAUGUGCUGGGUGUUGCCGUGGUCAUUAUAAUUACAGUUAUGUUUAUGCUGGGACUGGACCACUCGAAAGUCUUCCAUAUCAUCAUGUGGUGCGGCAUGAUUAUCCUGAACUUGUGUCCGCCAGUCGCGACUUGCUGGAAAGGCGACUUUGUGGAGUGGACACGAUAUUUGUUUCGGCCAAACGGAUUUCUUAGUCUUCUAACGCCGGCGGCGCUUCUUUCCUUUGUUUAUCCCAAAGAGUUGCCACUGCCCAAUUCAUUCCUCGAGCGUUUCAAGGGGUUUGGAAAAUUCUUCAGAACUCUCCUUAUUUUAUGUUUGACGAUAGUAUCCCUAUCAACCUUGGUUCAUUACAAACCAGUUGACGAAUACAUUGCCAAUCCACUCCUCAACUUUCUAGACGAUAUUACCUUAGGCAAGCUAGUGCCAGCCGCUGCUUGUCUACUAAUGCUAACCUCCUCAGCCGCAUACUUGGAACUCUUUCCAGAACUCUAUGGUUUAAUAGUGCGUUUUGCUACCUCAGAAUGGAAAGUGCUUUCAAAACACGUCAGCUACGAAAGUUCCGAAAGCGGUAGUCCCGUAUUUGCUAUUUUUAUAAGUGGUAGCCUCUGUGCUAUGUUGGCUUUUGCGUGUCCGAUGCAACACCUCAUCAACACGCUGGCGGCCAGCCAUUUGGCUGCCGGCUUCUUAAGAGCACUAUACUUAUUGUACAUACCAGUCCGUCCAAAGUAUAUACAACGUUCCGUUGCGAUUUCGUCACUAGCAUAUAGUCGGCUCGCAACAGCAGCUGCCGCAACGACUUCAUACAAGCGUGCAGCGGCGAAGAACAACAGUAAGCGAAGCAUAUUGGGUGUCAACGUAGCCAAUAUAAGUACAGCGAAGAAGCCAGUGCCGAAGAAAAAACCGAAAAAGGAAUUAGAAAAAGAAUGGCUUUUGCUGGGGGAACCGACAUCUCCAUGUCCUACACGUCAGCCGACCGAUGUCGAAUCCGCCAUGCAGUCGAGCAGUAAACCAGUGCCUUUGAAUUUCAUUUACCCGGAGAUAGUUGAGAUCAGUGACUCGGAUACCUCAACAGAUAUUGAUGCAAUUGUCGAUGAAUAUAGGCAGAAAAUUAGGAUUACAACUUCGGGCCUAAUCGAUAUAAGCACGCGUGUACCGUCGGUAUUUUCUUGGCGUUUUGCUUUGUUGAUUAUUUUCAUCGCAAUUUUUGGCACAAUUUCAUUCGCUUUCAAUAGCAUGCAGCAGAAUCCACAUGGAGAGAUAAUCUUCGGCUGUGGAACAAUGCUUCUUAGCUCCAUGCUAUCGUUGUUUCCACGCCACAAGACCGGUAUCAUCUGUUUGAAUCCAGUUUUCUGCUGCGGUACACUUAUGACUAGUGGCGUACUUUUUGGGGCGUGCUCAUACUACGCUUGGCCUGCGAUAGUCUUUUGGGUGACUGCUGGUCUGAUGCUAUUGCUGCGUUGCGACAACUGGUGUUGUAGUUGUUUCGAACAUAGCGGUGGCACUAUACAAGAACAGUUAAUACCGAGCGAUGCGCCGAAAACAAUGACAAGGUCCGCGGCAAUACACAUACCAGGCCCACCCACAAAUUCUGUGACAGUACCAACUCUUGUGAAUACGAGCAGGUGACAACUCGAGUCUUCAGAGAGUGAAGACCUUAAUGUGUGCGACUUCAAAGAGAACCGAAACGAAGAUGACGAACUUUGUUGGAGCGAGUAGAAAUAUUGUAAAAAUACAACUAAAAUGAAAUGUUCAAACAACUGAGUACCUUUUUGUGUCACCUGAGAUAUUUGGAGAGAAAUUUUGUGCCGCAGCCGUAGCCUACUCAUUGCCGUCUCCGUAAUGCCGCCUGCUUGCCUGAAACUGCAACUGAGUAGAGAAAGCAUAUUUUAUAAGACAAAUCCUCAUUCAAAAUCAGAUGAAAAUCCUAUAGUUUUAGACAACAAAAAAACAAAAAGCUGGUGUAUGAGUAUUUAUACUAUUAUGUAUGUAUUUUGUGCUUAAUUUUAGUAUUUACUUCAGAUAAAUAUAAAGAAAAUUUAGAGCACUAGGAUUUGUAUCUUGAACGAUCGAAUUAUAAUACGAUUUAAAAGUAAUAAGUAUAAUUUCUAGUUAAAUAAUAUUAUAUGUCAUAUGUAUUGUAUAAAUAUUUUUAUAAAUAGUCAUGAAAAGACAUGUGUGCUAAAUUAGAAAGUAUUCAAAUUAUAAUCAAAUAUUUUAAAAUCAUAAAUUUAAUAACUGAGUUGAACAAAAUUGCUAUACGAGCAAGUUCACUGUCGCGUGAAAUGCUAUUAAUAAUGACAUAAUAACUAUAAGUAAAUAAGUUUUCGAAGAUAUGAAAAAAAUAUUUUAAAAUGGAAAAAUU